ACGAGGUAAAACGUGAGUUUUGUUCACAUGAGCUUGUUCUUUCGUUGGAUUACAAUGCCGUACUAUGCAGUUCGGAGGGGACGGAUUCCCGGCAUUUAUAAGACAUGGGAUGAAUGUAAGAAACAAGUCAACGGUUUCCCAAAGGCGCGAUACAAGAAGUUCAACUCUGAAACGGAGGCCAAUGAUUUUGUAAAUGAUACAGAAAGUGAGCCUGGACAUUGCUCCUCAACAAAGGUUUAUAACACUCAGCCACAGAACCGAUAUCAUAAGUCUACAGCCACCAAUAACAUGGGUCACACUCCUGCAGCCUCUAGUCAUCGUCAGCCAGUGCAGAAAGUUUCUGUAUCAAAUAACACUGAUGGAUUUAAUGAUGCAGAGUUUAAUGGAGACAUGAAAAACGUAUUUAAGAUUGAGUACAAAAAAACUGUGUAUAUGCAGAAUCCAAGGUCAGGGGACACAAAUCAAAGGUCAAAUGGUGCAAAGUCAAGAGGUGUACAUUCCAAGCCAUCCAGUACAUGGUCAAGGUCAUUCCAUACAAGAAACAGAAACGAAAAUGAUACAGGACAAGAUAAUGGUGUAGUGGUGUAUACAGAUGGUGGCUGUUUUAACAAUGGACAAAGGGGUGCUCAGGCUGGUAUCGGAGUGUACUGGGGUCCAGACGACCCUAGGAAUGUGAGUGAGCGCCUCCCAGGGAGACAGACCAACAAUAGAGCUGAAAUCCACGCAGCUUGUCGAGCCAUUGAGCAGGCCAAGACACAAGGCUUACAGUCAAUCACCAUUAAAACUGAUAGCCAGUUCCUAAUCAGUGCUGCUACACAAUGGAUGCCAGGUUGGCUGAGUAAUAAUUGGAAACUUUCGUCUGGUGGUCCUGUUAAAAAUAAAGAAGAUUUUGUGCAUUUAAAUCAGGUUUCUGCUGGGAUAAGAAUUAAGUGGAUCCAUGUACCUGGACAUAGAGGUAUUGUUGGGAAUGAGGCAGCGGACAGUCUAGCUAAUGAAGGUGCUCUAAAACCACUGCCAUGACCAGGUUUCAUGGCUGUUUAUCUGGAAAUGCAUUGAGAAAACUCAUUUUCUGUACAGAGGAGUCCACCAAACACUCCAAACAUUGUCAACCAAAACAAACCAAGGCUUACAGAGAUGCUGUUUCCAACACAGAAAAUGUCAGAUUGUUUUGUUUCUCAUGUAGAAAUGUCUGGUGUGCCCAGCUGUGUUGUUUGGUCAGCGUCGCACUCAGAGAAAUUGUCAGUGCUUCCUUGUUAAAGUAUCCCAGCUAUAUGAUAAACAUAAUCUCACACUAAUUUCUAGUCAUAAGAUGUUUGCAUUUAUCAUAUCUCAUUUGACCAUGGCAAAAACUGAGUAGAAUAAAUAUUCUCAGACUUGUGUCCAAGAUCUGAUAUUUUACAGUAAAUCUACUGCUUUAGCUUCACUUUCAACAAAUUUAUAGUUCUGCCUCAUAAGGUUUGCAUUCUGUAUCUCCUCCCCCUCAACUGUGCACAGGUCUAUAUCCCCUCCCCCUCCACUGUCCACAGUUCUGUAUCCCCUCCCCCUCAACUGUGCAAAGGUCUGUAUCUCCUCCUCAACUGUGCACAAGCUUGUAUUCCCUCCCCCUCCACUGUCCACAGUUCUGUAUCUCCUCCCCCUCAACUGUCCACAGGUCUGUAUCCCCUCCCCCUCAACUGUCUACAGGUCUGUAUCUCCUUCCCCUCCACUGUCCACAGUUCUGUAUCCCCUCCCCCUCAACUGUGCACAAGCUUGUAUCCCCUCCCCCUCCACUGUGCACAGGUCUGUAUCCCCUCGCCCUUAACUGUGCACAGGUCUAUAUCCCCUCCCCCUCCACUGUCCACAGUUCUGUAUCCCCUCCCCCUCAACUGUGCAAAGGUCUGUAUCUCCUCCUCAACUGUGCACAAGCUUGUAUUCCCUCCCCCUCCACUGUCCACAGUUCUGUAUCCCCUCCCCCUCCACUGUGCAAAGGUCUGUAUCUCCUCCUCAACUGUGCACAAGCUUGUAUUCCCUCCCCCUCCACUGUCCACAGUUCUGUAUCCCCUCCCCCUCAACUGUCCACAGGUCUGUAUCUCCUCCCCCUCAACUGUCCACAGGUCUGUAUCUCCUCCCCCUCAACUGUCUACAGGUCUGUAUCCCCUCCCCCUCAACUGUCCACAGGCCUGUAUCUCCUCCCCCUCAACUGUCCACAGGUCUGUAUCUCCUCCCCCUCAACUGUCCACAGGUCUGUAUCUCCUCCCCCUCAACUGUCCACAGGUCUGUAUCCCCUCCCCCUCAACUGUCCACAGGUCUGUAUCUCCUCCCCAUCAACUGUCCACAGGUCUGUAUCUCCUCCCCCUCAACUGUCCACAGGUCUGUAUCCCCUCUCCUGUAACUAUCUACAGGUUUCUAUCCCCCUUCUCCUCAACUGUCCACAGGCCUUUACCUGUCUCCCUCAGUUGUCCACAGAGACUUAAUAGAUUUCAUUGUGUGAAACACAUAAAACAGCACAUUAAUACCAUGUAUGUAUUUAUUGAGUUACAAUUUUAUCACAGGUAUACAACAUCAUUCUGCAGGUGUUCUGUAAUUUGAGUCUGUAAAUGGAUUUAUACAUGUUGAAGUAAAAAUAUUUGAAAAGUU